CGCAUAGUUACAUUCCGCAGAUUCACGGCUGCACCUUGUUAGAGUACAGGAUGAAACGUGCUGUGACUCUAUCCCUGGCGCUCUAUCCGCUACCUGCAGGCGUUGUCCGCCUCGACUCGUUCCGCCCGGCCGAUGGUGUGGCUGGUCUCACUGCUCACCACUUUGAUUGCAUCACUGGAGACUACGCUGAUGUGGCUGAGCUCUGCACAGAGAUUUCACAGGUGGUUGACGGCACCCACGAUGCGGUCGCCGGCCUCUUGCUGCUGACUGGCCGGGUCGUUGCCAGCCUCGAUGAACUGCAUGUGGCGGCGGCCGAGGCGGCCGCAGCCGCAGCUGUGGCCAGCGACACGUCGGCGACUGCAACAGAUGCUUUGCCGACCAAAGUCAACGUGAUUGUGCUUGUCACACCGCUGGAGGAGCGUGAGGCUGCUGCGUCGUCGCACGGCAUCCAGCUGACGGCCCAUGUGCUUCCUCCGCCGCCACCGACCGACGAUGGCUCGGCGCCCUUGGCCGGCGGCUUGCUCGACGUGCGCAUCUCGGGCGUUCCGGUCGAGGGCCAGGCAUCAGGUGUGAUGACCGCCGGAUGCAGCUCCACACUUCUUCUGCUGGUGGUGGACCAGUCGGGCUCGAUGCGUCCGGCGUGGGCACAAGUCCAGGCCAUGCUCAACUCGGUCCUCGCGGCUUCAUUCGCCGACCCUAAUGUCGCCGUCGAGGUUGUGCUCUACAACCGGCACGCCGGCACGCUCUUUUGCGACGCCUCUAACUACGAGUACAAGAUUGCCCGCAAGCGGGCCAACGGUGGCACGUGCUUUGCUGCUAUGUUUGAGCACGUCUACGCUGUUGUGCACGGCCGGAUGGCGUCCGCGUCACCGCCGCACCGCAUCGCCAUGAUGCUCUUCACCGACGGCGCGCACCAGUCGUGUCGCCAGCCCCGGCCGGUAUACGAGGCACUGCGGACAUAUCUGCACUCGCUUGAGGUCGAGACCCAGGUCCAUACCCUUGGCUUUACCUCCAACUCCAAGUUCUCGGAGCUCGACCGGAUCCGGUCCGAGCUCGGCACCGCGCCGGGCCAGUACAUGUAUGCCGAGCCGCUGGACGGCCCGGCUGUGCUCAAGUCCAAGAUUGAGGCCUUUUACGGCCAUGUGGCCAGCUCGGCGUCGCGGGUCAUGCUCACGCUCCAGGUCGGCCUGGUUCCCACCGCGCUGCCGGGAACAGAGCGGUGCGAGGUGACGCUCGCGGCCGGUGUGCCAUCGGUUCAUGCGGUUGAGGUCGACAUCUCGGGCUCGGCGCGCCUGAUGCUGCCGAUUGAGGCGACACGCCCGCGGGCGUGGCUAGUUCCAACCCCGCUGCGCGUCUCGGCCACGGUUGCGAGUGCGUCGAUCGACGCCGAGGUGGCCAUCGAGAUCCCGAUUGCCGCCGACGCCGGCGCCUAUGGCGUUCUUGUCGCCUCGCUGCAGCGGAGCCAAGCGAAGCUCGAGACGCUGACCCAGGCAACGGCGGCGCUGACCACCUCCGGUGAUGUGGCCGGCACCGACCGCGAGGCUGCGCAGCUGCUGCGGCGGGUGGAGAAGCUCUCCCGCGAGUUUGCGGCAGUCCACACCAACUCUCUGUUCCGAAUCGCGCGCGAGCUGCGGCCCUCGGUCCUUGCUCUCCGAAACACCGUGGCCGACACGCUGGCCGGCCUCGAGCGGACGCUGGCCGAGAUUCAGGCGCAGCGGAUGGCAGUCGGUCGGGCGCGACUGGCUGAGCUGGCGCACGUCACUACGUUUGCUCAGCGCGGGCGCCAGCGGCGGAUGACUCGCCGAAUCAAGCUCAACACGGCAAUGAUGGUGCGCGAUGCCGCUGCACUUGCGCGGCUUUCGCAGGCCGACGCCGCUGAACUUGCCGCUUCCGCGCCGCCGGACUCGCUUGACCUCUUUGCCUGCACCCUUACGCUGCAGGACUGGACCGAAGUGGCGGAGGACAAGGACGUGCUUGGAUUCGGCCUCACGGUGACCCGGCCCGAGUUUGUGGUUGACGACCCUACUCAGAUCCGCAUCGACGAAGUCACCUCGACGUUUGUCACGCUCUCGGCCAUGGAGGAUGCGCUCGAGUACGGCGUCAAGAUCCACGGCGCCGAGGCGGUGCUUGGCGGGUUUCUCCCGCGCCAGCGGGGCUCUAACUCGGCUACGUCCGCCGCGAGCGCGGCCGGCGCGUCGGCCUCGGCCACAGGAAUGUUGGCCGGCCGUGGCCGCGAGCCCAUCAACGCCUGGCUUCCGUUGUAUCUGACGCCGGAGCACGGCGAGGCUGCCCUGAUCAAGCUCAAGCAAGCGUUGGGCUUCUUUGUUACGCUUGAUCCUCUCGGCUACCACCCGGCCCAGGUCCAUGUCAUCUUUCUUGUCCUCGGCACGAUGGUGGCUCGGCUGGCGUCGCCGGCUGGCGAGCGCGAGCUGCGGCUGGUUCUCGCGGUGCAACGAACGGCGCGGGCUGUGGCGCUUGACACAGCGGGUCUGUACGACGAGAUUCGUACCGCCGUCGCCGGCUUUAUCAACUCGGAGCUCGACCGGUCGGUGUGCCAGGUCAAGAAUCUGUUUGCGCUCAUCGGCUAUGUGCUCGUGCUGUCGGACGAGGACUACGCCGAGAUCUUCCCGACGCCAGCCGUGUGGAACCGGUUCUGGCUCUCACUUUUGCGGGCAGUGGUCCGGCGCGGUGCGUACACGCUGUUUGCAAACGCGCCGUCGCGGGCGAUAGAGCGUCUAGUCGAUGGGCUGGUGGAUCCACUGGCUACGUACCGCGAGUCUGACGACACCUUUGACGUCGAGGCCGCAUGGAAGAUGCUGGCGAGCCGCUCCGAGGACGAGCUGGUGGCCCGGGCGCGCUUGCCGCAGCUCUCCGCGCCGUAUGCCGAGUCGAAUCGGCCAGCGCUGACAGUCCAGUACCUCGACAAUCGGCUGAGCACCAAAGACGAGUUGGUUCUGGGUGCUGAGGUCAUUGAUGAGCUGGUUCUGGACCAGCUCGGCUUUGACGGCACGUCGUACGAGCCGGGGGUGGUCUCGAUCGACAUGCUCGCGCUCAUCGCCAAGUUCUCGGGCGCGCUCGACGGCGUGGCGUCGGGUGGGUACCCGACUGGUGCCGGUCUGCUGCAGACCAUUCGCUACGUGACGGCGUGGCGGGCGCUGGUUGAUGACGGUGCGGCGCUGGAGGAGAUGGACACCCGCGGCGGCCUUGCACCUGAGGCUUGGACCGAGGUGCUGAAGGAGGCGAGCCGGGGAGACGGCAGCACGGGCUGCACGCUCGCCAAGUUUGUGGGCUGCUUGCUGGACCCGGUGGACUCGGCCGAGCCCUCGGCGCCGACUGGGUGCUCGGCAGGCGUGCAGGUCUUGCGCGCGGCGGUGGCGCAGGGCACGAUGUUCCGGGUGACUCGCAAGGCGCGAGCCGGGCUGGCCAACGGAACUUACGCGUCGGAGCUUGUCAGCGAUGCCGACCGGUCACUGGUGUCACUGGCGUCGACCAUGUACGUCAUGAAGCGCGGUGCCAUCGAGGCCGCGCUGGGCAAGCUGUUUGACGAUGUGGUGCGGCAGCGCGGCGUGGCGAGCACCACGACCUUGAAGUCGUUCACGACGUCGCUCGAGGUGCUGCUGGGCUCGCGCACCUUGUGGCGGACCUCGCGGUUCACCAACAUGCUGCCAGAGCUGAUGGACCGCCUGUGCUAUGAAGGCGGCUCCAUGGGGCUCGUUGAGGCCAAGAUCGCCGUGCUGGAGAAGGUCAUUGUGCUGAUCUCGGGCAAACUGCUCUCAGUCGAGGAAGGCGCGCGCGACUUUACCAUCCUCCCGGUCCUCGACAACGGCGUGUCGUGGAACAUCGGCCGCAAGAACAACAACAAGCUGCGGCGCGCCUUUGGAGUUCGGCUCUUGCGGCGCGCCAUGCGCAAGGUCUUCCUGCUCGACUUUGCCUUUGGCGUCACUGACGGCGACAUCCGCCUGUUCGAUGGCACCUGGGACCAGCUCGAGCCGCGACUCCCAUGGGAGCUGCGCUCGCAUAAGGAGUAGGCAAGGGCACACAUAAAAGCUGCGAUUCACCAA